AUGUCCUGUCUCUCUCCGCAGUCAGAUCAUUUCAGCUCCGACUCGGGCGCGAUCAGGGAGGCCGGUGGGGCCUUCGGGAAAAAAGAGAAGGCUGAAGAGGACCGAUACUUCCGAGAGCGGAGUAAAGAACAACUGGCAGCCUUGAAGAAACACCAUGAAGAUGAGAUCAUUCAUCAUAAAAAGGAGAUUGAGCGUCUGCAGAAAGAAAUUGAGCGGCACAAGCAUACCAUCAAGAAACUAAAAGAUAGUGUUGAAGAUUAAGUGCAUGCAGUUCCCCAUAGAAUGGCUAUAUAUUGCCCAUUUCUAUGAAGACAUAGUUCUGGUAAUUAAUACCAAUCUGUGCUGCCAACAGAUUAUAAUAAAUUGUGAUCAGUGAACUGUG